AUGUCUGAGAUGAUCAAUGUUUCAACCAUAAAGCUUUUUGGGACAACCAUAUUUCUAACAAGUAACACUGAUGUCCUUACCAAUGAUACUCCUCAACAAAAUUCCACAAAACAUGAUGAACAAAGUGAUUUGUCACAUGACAAAUCUCCAAACAAACCAGACAUAACUGUUCCAUGUCCAAGAUGCAACAGCAAGGACACGAAAUUCCGUUACUACAACAACUUCAAAGCCAAACAGCCCCGACACUUCUGCAAAAACUGCCAGAGAUACUGGACUUCCGGAGGAACCGCAAGAAAGAUGCUUGUAGGAGCAGGUCGCCGUAAGAACAAAUUCACUAAUUUUCCUUUAGAUGUCUCGCAUUAUUCUCAAAUGAGUAAUGUCUUGCCCUUUGGAUCAAUUUCUUCUGAUAUCUCUUCAACUUCAUGGAACCAGGCAAUGUGUUAUGCCAUUUCAGUAGGGAAACAUUCUGUGCCAUCACAAUCUUGUGGCCCAAGUAAACCUACAUUAGGGAGACAUUCAAGAGAUGGAUUCAUAAGAUUCCAAAAUGUUACUUCAUGUGAUGCAGAAUUAGAUUUCUUUGUUGGGUAA